UUCCUGUUUCGAACGAUCCAUCCUACUCUAUCUCAGCCUUGGGAGCAACAACCUUGCAGAGGCAACGCGUCUCUUAGACGGGAUCGCCCUCUACUCGUUCCUCAUAUUGGGCUUACGAGCCACUUAUCAGAGUGGCCAUGCUCACCCUUCGUACCCUUCUUUCUUUACCGACAUUCCUCUCGAUUGCUCUAGUCGCCCACGCAGUCGCUAUUCCGGAAGACGAUGGAGUCAUUGCCGAAGAGAAGGGUAAAGCAAAGCCCGAGCUUGCUGCAUCCUUGACAGGUGGUGAAGGAUGUUCUUCGUCUGAUAUCGAAGACAUUCGAAAUGGCUUCAUAGAGAUGACCGAGCUGUUCCAAGCAGCCUUGCCUUAUGAUCAGAAUGGCCAACCCGCCGUCGAGCUCUUUGGUCAACCCUUGCGAAUCGCGAAUUACUCCUCGAUGAUCGAGUCGAACCUCAAGCGCGCAGCGCAGUACGCCAACCUGAAAGGAAAUGAGACGGUCAAUCCAGAUGUCUAUGUACGGUGCGACGACCCAAACAACAUCUGCAAAACGGGGAACAAGAGAGAGGGAAAUCACGUCGCGUACAACAUGGGCAACCUUCCAAUGAUCAACUUCUGUAAGGACUACUUCAAGUUGGAUGGUCUCGAGGAAAGGGUGGACAGAAAGGCAGGCAACCAGAUGGAGAAGGAGAGGUUGCACGAAUACUACAACCGGGCAACGCUAUGGGCAAGGAUGGUGAUGCAUAUCGGUGGCGUGGGUGUUGCGGUAGUGGAAAACGCUGUCCCGGCACGAGCGAAUUCGACAUCUGGUAGGGAAUGGGAGACAAUCGUCACCGAAGGAGCGAUGAAUACAACGGUUCUUGCCGGAGUACUCAACGACCGCCCGGACGGCACCGGACCAAAUGACGCCCAGACCCUCAAAUACGCUUAUGGCGUAACACGAUCGAAGCUGCUGGCGGUUCUUUCGACACAAAUGCCUUACGACGCCGCCAACAACGCAGAGAACUACGCGCUGUACGCACAGGCGCGCUACAUCCUGCAGAAGAAGGGCUUCUAUCCUAACGUUCCGGUUAUGGACUUUCCCAACGAACUGUCUGUUCUUACCAACGAACAGCUCCAGGAUGGCGAGAGGUCCAAGUACGCCUACUUCGACUCGUCAGAUGUGGUAGCACGUCCGCCAAACAUGGAACUCAAGGCGAAUUUACUUCCCGGUGCUGCUUCGAAACAGCAGCCCACGCUGAUGAUCCUUGCGAUCUUGACUGUUGCAUCCUCUCUUGCCAUGUCAUCGUUCGGAUGAAGGACGUCUUAAAAGCAAUCCAUUCGGAUCACCGAACACUAUAAGCAACGCCAUCCCAAGCCUGACGCUUGGCAGCCUCAAGAUGCAGCGAUAGCUCACAUGCACUCGACUACACAUAGCCUAUCGCAGGGUCAGGCCGGCAAAAUGAACCGUCGGGAGAUACCCAACCGUGUAGCCAGGUAAAGAUGUACGGCG